GAGCCUAACAAGAACAUGGGCACACAAGACUAUAAGUAACCCACGAGCGCGCGCGCGAGAGACAGAGAGAGCGUUAACCAGCCCAAACACUAACUUCACACCAGAACAAUCUCAGGCGAAAAACAAGCACAGGUAACUCGUCAUCCGCAGCUGACAGUGCGCCAUGGUUACCCACAGCAAGUUUGACAGCGUUAUGAGCAGCGGCCUGUUCGAGAGCAGUCUGCAGCCUCACCGCUUUAAAACCUUCAGCUCGAAUCUGCAGUUUCACAUGAUCCAACACGCCGUCGUGAAGCUCCAGGAGAGCGGCUUCUACUGGGGCUCCAUCAGCGGUAAAGAGGCCAAUCACAUGCUGAGUGCGGAAACCAGCGGCACGUUCCUCCUGCGGGACAGCUCGGACAACCGACACUUCUUCACGCUCAGCGUCAAAACCGACUCGGGCACCAAGAACCUGCGCGUGCAGUGCGACAACAAGUCCUUCCACCUGCAGACGGACUCCAAGAGCUCGCAGUCCGCGCCGCGCUUCGACUGCGUGCUCAAGCUGAUCCAUCACUACAUGCCCUCCUCGAGAAGCGCUCUGGCCGCAGGGAACUCUCGCGGCGCGUACUACAUCUACUCGGGAGGAGAGAAAAUCCCCCUGGAGCUGUUUAGGCCGUUGACGUGCACCCUGUCGUCCCUGCAGCAUCUGUGCAGGAAGACUGUCAACGGGAUCGUGAACGUUUCCAGUAAAAGAGAGCAGCUGCCUCAGCAGCUGAAGGAGUUCUUACAGGAGUACGACGCUCCUAUCUGAAGAGCUGCCUGCCGCGUUCUUGACGGGGAUGUGCGCUGAGCUGUGGCGCACUGGCCGAGCUGGAGCUGCUCGUGGAGUUAGCGCGUGUGGUCAUGUGACUGAGCCCGAAAAACUAUUCUAUAUGGCGAACGUUUUGUUGAAUGGACAUUUGUACUGUUUUUCUUUUUAGACCAGUGCCAUUAUAGCAGACCUCUGCGCUGCUCCAGAUCUGCAGGGAAACAGCAAAGCUAGUAAACAGAAACCAGCCUCCGCCGCCUUCCAAGUAAUCAUUCGUGCCUUUCAAGGGAAGACGUGAGUAACAAGUCAAAACGCUUCACGCAUGCCAAGACAACUGCCGAGAAGGACACAAACUGUACAAAGAGUUUUUUACUUGAACGAGUGGAACAAAAGUUUGCUGUCUGUUGUGUUCGCACGAGGAGCGCUUUUAUUAUUGAAUGUAUUAACAGACGUGGGUGUUUGCUAUCUUACGAACAGCCAUGUUUCACAUUGUUUACAUGCAUCAAGAUGAAUUUGGAUUGUGUAGGUUUGUCUGUGCCAUACGUUUUGACAUAUUUAUAUUUAUAAAACAUUUCAAUAAUUUAUUAAAGAUCACUAUUUUGCAAAACAAAUCUUCCUGACAAGUUUUUGGGAGCUUUUUGGGGGCUGGAGAUGAAUAAAAGGUAUGGGUUAAUGAAGCAAUAAGCCCCAAGAAGCAGUGGGUUACAGUUCAUUUUAUAACCUCUCUCUCUAACAAACGAAAAGAAAGAUACUUAUAGUAAUAAAA